GUGAGUUUAGUGGCCAGAUCCUCAAUUCUCUCCUAAUAAGUCCAGAUAGCCCCUUUUCAGGGUCACCUCUUCCCAGGGGGUUGCAACUCCUUAGUGUCCAGAAGUCAAUCUUUGAUGUCUGACACCUUCGCUCCAGGCUAUUAUCAGAGUGAACAAAAGUGUUCUACAUGAGAAGAUAUAAGGAUGGGUUCACAUAACAAGACUGCUCCCUCCACUUCCCACGCCCCUACAUCAAUCAGCUGGAGCUCUGUGCUUCCACUGCUAUUCCUUUCUCCACUGCUGCAGACCUCUUGGGACCCAAGAAGAGGAAACAGACACAGACUCUCUGCUCUUCAGACAUAUGUACUAAUCCCCACAACGAUCAGUGACUUGAAAAUCUGAAUAGGGUAAGUUAGAAAGAUUGAUGCUAAACACGCUGUGGGAGAGACUCAGGAAAGCACCAGGGUCUUGACUGAACUUUUAGAUGGUAGACAUAAGAAUGGAAAAUGAUCUAACUGGUAGGAAGCAAAGGCCUGAAAUUCAACCUGGCAUUAAUCCUACUGAUACAGGCACUCCCUACCGCCUUUAGUAAAGCAGCCUGAAUUCUGUUCUCCUCAUCCUGUUUGGGCCCUUAAUGGCCAGGGACAGGAUUUCACAAAGGAGAAAGAGGAGAAAGUGCCUACCCCUGUUUCUGUGCCUGACAUGCAUGCAUCUCAUUAGAUUCUCACAGGUCUCUGAGGAAGUGAUGAAUAGGCCCAUUGAGGACACUGAUGCUCAGAGUGUUGAGACUCAGGUUAGUGGUUCACUAGAGAUGGGUACACUCUACAUAGUAGAUGAACACAGAGGGGCUGGUUUCAGGGGAGACUUUUUGAAACAACUCUGCAGCCCAUACUUUGGCUAAAGCAGCUUCUGUGAGGGCAGUUUCAGUCUUGGGACUUGAUUGGUCAGAGUAAUAUUUCAAAACUGGAGUCUUUCACAAAGCCAUUCUCAACUGAUAGCUCAGACAAACCAAGAUAACAAUAUAACUAUGGUAAUUAGGGAAAUGGGCCCUGAGAAGGGAUAUGAGCAGUUAGAAGUGAUAAUGUGUUUCACACAUGCUUUGGGGGAAGUGUUAUGAGGAAGUUGAGACCAGAUAAGCACAAUUACGCAGAGUCAGUGUAACUGCAGCCUGGGAUGUGAUUGCAGGGAACCCAAAUCUUCCUGCCCAGAAAAUACCUCCCAAAUAGUUACUCAUCUUCUAUUUCCCUUAAAAGGUGACAAGCCUUUCCGCUUCACAGACAGAACGUUUAAAAUGCCAUUCUCUUUUGGACUCACACUCUCCUGGGAGUUGAUCUGGGGGAUAAAAAGGAGCUAGCUGGAGGGCAGUUGGUUGGGUGCAAGAGAGGACAGGCAGGAAAUGUUUGGAAUUCUCAAACUUCAUCUGUUUUUUACAAUGUUGUGCUUGGCUGACUAGGACUACAGCCUGUUUUCAGUUCUUAAAAACUUUAUUAUCUAAUGAGACUUUUCGUGUUCUAGUCUGGGAACCAAAUAGUGAAAUUGGGCCUGUAUUGGCAGGGAAAGAGAUUUCAAGAUAGAGCUGAGCCUUCCGGGCAGUGUCUAGAUAAGGCUUUCUUCUCUCUUCCUUGCAGACCUGCAGGUGGCCCUGGUGACUUAGAUGGCAUCUUCUCUAAAGGUCCUGGGCCCUGUCUUGCUCCUACUGUUCCCCCUGUGGGAGCAGCUUAUACAUGGCCAGCACCUCUCCCGGAGGGAGUUCAUGAAACAGCACCACCUGAGGCCAAGCCUGGAAUUCAGCCAGUACAAAUGUGAUGUCCUCAUGAGGGACAUAGAGGGUCUGAAAGAGAAGGACUCUCACAUUUUCCUCUAUACCCCAUGGCAUCAAAUUGAGAGUAUUUGUUUUAAGACCUUGAGAGAGCGGUACAGAAAUGUGUACGUGUGGGCCCAGCAACCCUUCAAAGUACUCAAGUGUAAAAGGAAGAAUUUCAGUUAUAGCUACAGAGAGAAAAGGAGCUACAGCCACAUUGAAUUCCACUGUAGCAUGAAAGGGUAUGUUGAUAGCAUAGAGGACAUGCGUGUGCUAGAGUUUACUGAUACCUAGAAAGUCUACCCACCUCCCUAGGUUUUAGUGAACUGAUCUGUCCCCAAGUGGUGGGCCCUGCCUACACCAAUAGCUGUUGCCACUCUCCAUUUUGCCCUUUAUAUGUCAACAUUUUCAAACUACUUAGAAUUAUGCACCACACUGUUUUUUGAUACUAUAACUUUACCUAAGCUGUUUCUCUGCCUGAAAUACCCUUCUGUCCUCAUUGGCCUGAUUUACUCCUACAUUUUUUUUCAAGAUUCAACUCAUGUGGCAUCUCUUCUUAACUAACCCAGGACUUUUCCUAAUAUUGACUCUCCUUAUGCCUACCCAAGUCACAUAAACUUCCCUUCCCUAAAUAAAUUGUAUCAUCCUAAUGUGUGUGAGAUUUAUAUGUGAUGUGUGCAGAGUAUGUGUUGUGUGAUUGGUAUGGGUGCAUGUGUGAUGUAGAUUAUGCUUGGAUAUGAUAUGUGCUGUGUGUAGGUUUAAGGUGUGUUGUAUGUGUGUGCGUGUCUAAUGUGUGUGAUUGUUUUAUGUUUAUGAUGAGUGUGUGAAUGUUUAUGUGCUAAGCUGGGCACAAGUUGUGACCAGGUAUUGUGCUAGGCAUUGAUUGUGGAGACAUGCUAAGUUCCAUUUAGAUUGAGGGUGGGGGUGGGCAGAGCUGACUGAGUAUAAAAUAUGUAGCAUAAUUCCUGGCCCAUAGUAGGUGCUUAGUCAAAACUGGUUUUCUUUUUUUCCUAUCCUUUGGCUUGGUACUUUAAUUUUGACUUUAAAAAACAAACAUAACAAGUGUCCACCCAUCAUCUGCUCUCUCUGGUUUAAGAAGUAAGGAUUUCUAACACAAAAAACAGUAGGCUGUUACUCUGUGAAGAAACUAUAAACUUCCAGAGUCAAAAAGAGCCCUUCCUCCAUCAGCCACAGACUAGUAGAGCUCCCUACUGAACUGUUUCAUUAAAACAUCUCUAAGGAGGCAUGUGCAUUCCUAGGGGUGAAACAUUAAGUAGAAGACAGUAGCACAAAUGAAUUCAUCUAAUAAUACCCAUUUUCACUUGGGAGGGAAAUAAUGUAGGGUGGGAGUACUUUAAAAUGCAACACCCCUCAAGGAUGGGGCUUAAAAUUGUUAAUAUUGUUGGAGGGAAGUGGAAAUAAAUGGAUGCAA